AUGUUGAAGCUGGUGUUAAUGACACCAAAAUAUUUUUAUGAAUGGACUCAUCCGGAAACAAUCUAUUUUCGCCAAGUGCAGUCACUCUUAUCGCCAAUUUCUGAGCAAACAUAGCUGAAGAAUGUGUCUAUUUCAUUUGUUUCCGUUUUGCUAACAUCAUUCCUUUCAUCUGUCUCAGUAAAUUUCAGGAAUGUUGUGGUUUAUGGUUUGGACUUAACUGCGUCACAUACAAGAUGUUUGGUCAGACUUACAGGACAGUUAUUGCAUUCCAGAGUGUUUCAGGUAUUUCCUUGUCUAAUAAUAAUAUCUGUAGAAGUAUAUAAAAGGUCGUUUUCAGCAAAAAGUGAUCACUGAAGUGUUAUCAGUGUCGGAGUAAGUGAGUCUAGUGACUACAGAAUGGAUAAAAAAGCUCUUCAUCUCCUUGCAGUUCUUAGCUGCCUGUUUUCGCUGGGUCAGAGUUCCAACUUGGCAAACAUCUACGUCCCUUGCAAAUCCUUGAGGAUCACUCCUCGAUUGAAAACUGUGAUGGAUUUCGUGUGCUAUGGCAAAUCGAGUCCUGAUCUCGAACCCAUCCUCAGUGAAAGUGUUAUAAGGAGAGGCAAACGAGAUUCAAAACUUCUGAAUGCUCUUAUAUCAUCUUCAUCAUCACUUGACACCUUACAAAUGGAGCAGCAUUGGGACAUCAGUUCUAACGGCGAAGAAGAACUUCCAAUAGCAAGCAAAAAUGGAUCUGAUGAGAAAGUUCUCUUGGAUCGUAGUCAGAUUUCGAGCUUGAAGCAAGAAUCAAACGACGGAGGUAGGCGGAUGAAGCGCGCCAACAAAUCAGAGAACCCAGAUCUGAUGGAAAAAAUCAUCGACUGCUGUGACUACUACCAUCGCGUAGGAACUACCUGCACACUGAGAGACCUGAGAAGAUAUUGUGAUAGCUAUAGCAAUAAUGGUAAUGAUAAUGGUGAUAAAGUUUAGUUCAUUUAGUUAUCUUCAGAUAUUACUUUUUCUAAAUCCGUUGACAUUUGAAGAUUUGAAGAAACUGAAUAAGAUACAAUUACUAUAGUGAGGUUUACAAGUUUACUUACUAAACCUAGUUUACAAGUUUCGAAUCAAGAAUUUCUUGACUGUAGUUGACAAAAUUUCCACCUGGAGCGCUAAAAGACGGUUUUCAUAUCAGUUUUGCUGUUCCAAAUUCGGAACUAGGAAACAUACUCGACUGUAAAGAAAACAUAUGAUUUUAUUACAGUACAGUAUGCUGUAAUGAGAAUCAUAUGUUUAUUAACGGAUCUUGAAGUUAUGUUAACAUAAUCAUGAUGAUUCUAGCAAAUGGUUUUGUUCAGUAAAAUUCAUUUUACACAUAAAAUAUUAUUGUGGACAAUCUCAAAUUCAAAUAUAUCCAGUAUAUUUGUAUUUUGACUCUGUAUUCCAUGUUUUUAUUUGUCAAUAUGAAAAUACAAAAUUUGUGUAUUUAUUUUGUAUUUUGCAUGAAUAUCCCAAAGAUAUUGAGAAAAAAGACUGUACCUAUAUUAUCUAAUUUUCAAGCUUAAUCAUCCUGAUUGGAACUUUUAUAGCUUCAUAUCAUAAAGUUAAUUCAUCUUGAAAGUCAUAACAAAGAUUGUUUGAAUUGUAUAUUUUUCAUAAUUAUUUACUAUUUAUAAAAUAAGAAUUAUUUAUAUUUUUCAAACCAACGAUAUUGAUGAAAUUUAAUCAAUGUGUAAGCAUAAUUGAAUCAGUUAUCAGUUACUUUGAAUUCAUUCAAAUUUGUAGACACCGGAAUUUAUUAUUUUACUCAAUCAUUUAUAACUUAUUUCAUACUUCUAUAUUUGAAAUGUCAUUCUUAAAUUCUCAUUUUCCGUCGUAAGUUCAUUCAUGGUACUACCAGAGAAAACUCCUAUAAUUAAUUCUGUGUAUAAAUAAAUCCUGCUAUUAUUAAUUCUGUGGUACUACUAAUAAGUUACCUUAAGCUGGGUUUACACCGGAGUUAAUAACAAAAGUUAUGUUAAUUACAUUUUCUUUAUAUAACAAGGAAUUCUCUGUUUAAAACACGAUUUAUCAACUUUUGUUAAUUUUUGACGAUUCAGUCAAGUUGAUAACUUUUUGUUAAUAACUCCGGUGUAAACGCAGCUGAAGAACCAAUGCCCAUUUAUUCAUUUAGUACAAUAAUCUAGAGAGACCAUCAUAUAUGUUUUUAUUGUAUACUGAAAAUAUAUAGUUGUUUUAUACUCAAAAUCGCUAAUACUAAUUUAGUACUAGGAAUUACAUAUCCUGAUUACAAUGUAUUAGUAACUCACAUGGAAAAUUUUUUCCAAGUAUCUUGUGCCAUAAUCAUAUUAUAAUUCCUUGCUAGUUUUCUAUAUUGUAAAACUUAAGGUAUCUUACAAUGUAAACAUGUCUAUUUAUAAUAACAUAUCUAUUUAUUUAAUUUAUUUAUCUAUUUAUACAUAGAGCUACAAUAUCAUGAUUACCUAAAUUAUGAUGAUUACUUAUGAUCACAUGAUUAUUAUGAAUACAUUGUUCACAACCCAUUUUAUAUUCUACCUACACAAUCAAUAUCUUAGAUUACGUAUUGUAUUUAAAUAAAGGUAUUUCUUGAGAACUGACUACGGUAAUAUUUUACAUAGUUUUCUAUGAAUAAAGCAUUUUUCUAUACAAAA